CACACUUUAGAUAAGGACAAUUAGUCACUAGCGAGACCAAGUAGGAAGAGAGGUUUAAAUCAGAGGGAUUGAAUGAGGGUGCUCUGUGCCUUCCCUGAAGCCAUGCCCUCCAGCAACUCCCGCCCCCCCGCGUGCCUAGCCCCGGGGGCUCUCUACUUGGCUCUGUUGCUCCAUCUCUCCCUUUCCUCCCAAGCUGGAGACAGGAGACCCUUGCCUGUAGACAGAGCUACAGGUUUGAAGGAAAAGACCCUGAUUCUACUUGAUGUGAGCACCAAGAACCCAGUCAGGACAGUCAAUGAGAACUUCCUCUCUCUGCAGCUGGAUCCGUCCAUCAUUCAUGAUGGCUGGCUCGAUUUCCUAAGCUCCAAGCGCUUGGUGACCCUGGCCCGGGGACUUUCGCCCGCCUUUCUGCGCUUCGGGGGCAAAAGGACCGACUUCCUGCAGUUCCAGAACCUGAGGAACCCGGCGAAAAGCCGCGGGGGCCCGGGCCCGGAUUACUAUCUCAAAAACUAUGAGGAUGACAUUGUUCGAAGUGAUGUUGCCUUAGAUAAACAGAAAGGCUGCAAGAUUGCCCAGCACCCUGAUGUUAUGCUGGAGCUCCAAAGGGAGAAGGCAGCUCAGAUGCAUCUGGUUCUUCUAAAGGAGCAAUUCUCCAAUACUUACAGUAAUCUCAUAUUAACAGCCAGGUCUCUAGACAAACUUUAUAACUUUGCUGAUUGCUCUGGACUCCACCUGAUAUUUGCUCUAAAUGCACUGCGUCGUAAUCCCAAUAACUCCUGGAACAGUUCUAGUGCCCUGAGUCUGUUGAAGUACAGCGCCAGCAAAAAGUACAACAUUUCUUGGGAACUGGGUAAUGAGCCAAAUAACUAUCGGACCAUGCAUGGCCGGGCAGUAAAUGGCAGCCAGUUGGGAAAGGAUUACAUCCAGCUGAAGAGCCUGUUGCAGCCCAUCCGGAUUUAUUCCAGAGCCAGCUUAUAUGGCCCUAAUAUUGGGCGGCCGAGGAAGAAUGUCAUCGCCCUCCUAGAUGGAUUCAUGAAGGUGGCAGGAAGUACAGUAGAUGCAGUUACCUGGCAACAUUGCUACAUUGAUGGCCGGGUGGUCAAGGUGAUGGACUUCCUGAAAACUCGCCUGUUAGACACACUCUCUGACCAGAUUAGGAAGAUUCAGAAAGUGGUUAAUACAUACACUCCAGGAAAGAAGAUUUGGCUUGAAGGUGUGGUGACCACCUCAGCUGGAGGCACGAACAAUCUAUCAGAUUCCUAUGCUGCAGGAUUCUUAUGGUUGAACACUUUAGGAAUGCUGGCCAAUCAGGGCAUUGAUGUUGUGAUACGGCACUCAUUUUUUGACCAUGGAUACAAUCACCUCGUGGACCAGAAUUUUAACCCAUUACCAGACUACUGGCUGUCUCUCCUCUACAAGCGCCUGAUUGGCCCCAAAGUCUUGGCUGUGCAUGUGGCUGGGCUCCAGCGGAAGCCACGGCCUGGCCGAGUGAUCCGGGACAAACUGAGGAUUUAUGCUCACUGCACAAACCACCACAACCACAACUAUGUUCGUGGGUCCAUUACACUUUUUAUCAUCAACUUGCAUCGAUCAAGAAAGAAAAUCAAGCUGGCUGGGACUCUCAGAGACAAGCUCGUUCACCAGUACCUGCUGCAGCCCUAUGGGCAGGAGGGCCUAAAGUCCAAGUCAGUGCAACUGAAUGGCCAGCCCUUAGUGAUGGUGGACGACGGGACCCUCCCAGAAUUGAAGCCCCGCCCCCUUCGGGCCGGCCGGACAUUGGUCAUCCCUCCAGUCACCAUGGGCUUUUAUGUGGUCAAGAAUGUCAAUGCUUUGGCCUGCCGCUACCGAUAAGCUAUCCUAACACUCACGGCUACCAGUGGGCCCGCUGGGCCACUUCCACUCCUCCACUCCAGUAGUAUCCUCUGUUUUCAGACAUCUUAGCAACCAGCCCCUGCUGCCCCAUCCUGCUGGAAUCAACACAGACUUGCUCUUCAAAGAGACUAAAUGUCAUAGCGUGAUCUUAGCCUAGGUAGGCCACAUUCAUCCCAAAGGAAAACGUAGACAUCACCUGUACCUAUAUAAGGAUAAAGGCAUGUGUAUAGAGCAGAAUGUUUCCCUUCAUGUGCACUAUGAAAACGAGCUGACAGCACACUCCCAGGAGAAAUGUUUCCAGACAACUCCCCAUGAUCCUGUCACACAGCUUUUGAACCACAAACCCAAACCUUAGCCUGCUGCUGCUGCUGCCCUCAGAGGAAGAUGAGGAAGGAAAAAUCCUGGGUGGACCAGCAAAAACCCAUCCUCUCCCACCUCCUUCUUCUCUGCCUCUUUCUUGCUGCUGCCCUGAGUUUUUUGACACAUCUCUUUCCAUAGGGGAGCAAUGGGUGCGUCAGCCCUGGCCUGCUGGGAGGGCUGUUUAUGUGAUUUCUCGGCUGAUGCAUGACGUGCGCAUCUGGGUUCCUGACAGUGGCAUCCAUCAUGGGCAAUUCCUCUGGGAAGUGGGUGCUUCAAAAGUAAAAUUAUAAUCACACCCCAGAUUUGGUAAGAAGGUUCUAUUGCUCUGUGAAUCCAGAUUCCCCCAGAGUUGUAAUGGGAGUCAAGUAACAAUAUUCAUUGAGUAGAGAGCAGCUUACUAGGCACAACAAAAAGCAAUCAUCAUUCUUCAUAUUGCUAUGAGGGAGAGAGUUUGAGUACAAAGAGAAAGCGUACUAAAACAUCAGGUACACAGAUGCACACACGCACGCGCACACACACACACACCCCAACUGGACAAAGCAAAUUAGACCUCCCCAAAAUUAAGAGAAUAUUAGGGGCUCUGUAGGGUAAGCCCUUAAUUGUUUGAUUAACUCAAAUCAUUAUUUUUAAAAAAGAAGAAAAAGGUGUGAAUCAAAAGUCAUCACUGGAAGACACAACUGAAUCUAACCUUUUUGCCUCUUCCCAGGUAGCCUAUUUGAGCUAGAACAAAACUUUGUUAGCCAUUUUGGGAGAGAAUGGGGAAUCUAGAGGAUGAAGAUCUGGUCAAAACUAUGGAAUGGUAGGUAGGAGGCUUCUGAGUUGGGCCGGUGUGAAGUGGGGGAUGAGGACCUUCUAUAUGAUUCAAGGGGCAUGAGAGUCUUUGCCAAAGAGCUACAGCUGAAAUGACUUUCUUUUCUGGGGAUGUGCUUUUCUCUCUCAGGAUAAAUGACAGGAAUGAUGCUUUUGUUAGAAGGAGGAGAGAUUUGAUACUGUUCCAAGUGAGACGGUGAUAGAAUUUCUGCUGUUUGUGAAAGGACAGGAAUGGGGUGGGGGCGAGGCAGGGUUGCCGAGGGCAGAGGCUAGGGAGGCUGCCUAAGAUGCACACGGAGUUAAGGAUUUGGGCCAAGUCUGCAAAGUGAGAGAUGAAAGGGAAAUUAGACCAAAGAGGAAGGAGAGAAUUCUGAGCUUGGAGAACUGGGGAUUUGGGAGAGGGAAGCUGACUGUCUAAUUCCAGGAAGCGAGGGGACAUGCUUAUCACUAAGCACA